GACCCCGGCGGGCAGAGGCGGCGACGCGGCCACUCGAGAGUGUGCGGCCGGGCAGCUGAGAGGCGGGCGCCCCGCCCUGCUGGCCGGUGGGGAUGCGGGACCGGCUGCCCGACCUCACGGCGUGUAGGAAAAGUGACGAUGGAGACAGUGCUGUCGUCAUUGCUGAGAAGGACCAUUUCAUGGACGAUUUCUUCCAUCAGGUGGAGGAGAUUCGAGGCAGCAUAGCCAGGAUUGCUCAGCACGUGGAAGACGUGAAGAAGAACCACAGCAUCAUCCUUUCUGCCCCAAACCCAGAAGGAAAAAUAAAAGAAGAGCUGGAAGACCUGAACAAAGAGAUCAAGAAAACCGCUAACCGGAUCCGAGGCAAGCUAAAGGCUAUUGAGCAGAGCUGUGAUCAGGACGAAAGUGGGAACCGAACUUCUGUGGACCUGCGGAUACGACGGACCCAGCACUCGGUGCUGUCCCGGAAGUUUGUGGAGGUCAUGACGGAGUACAAUGAAGCACAGAUCCUGUUUCGGGAGCGAAGCAAAGGCCGAAUCCAGCGCCAGCUAGAGAUCACUGGGAGGACCACCACUGACGAUGAGCUGGAGGAGAUGCUGGAGAGCGGGAAGCCGUCCAUCUUCAUCUCGGAUAUUAUAUCAGAUUCACAAAUCACUAGGCAAGCUCUCAACGAGAUCGAGUCACGUCACAAAGACAUCAUGAAGCUGGAGACCAGCAUCCGAGAGCUGCACGAGAUGUUCAUGGAUAUGGCCAUGUUCGUGGAGACCCAGGGUGAAAUGGUCAACAACAUCGAGAGAAACGUGAUGAAUGCUGUAGACUAUGUCGAACACGCCAAGGAAGAAACCAAGAAAGCCAUCAAAUAUCAGAGUAAAGCCAGGCGGAAGGUGAUGUUCAUCCUCAUUUGUGUAGUCACUUUGCUUGUGAUCCUUGGAAUUAUCCUAGCAACAGCAUUGUCAUAGCAACCGCAGCACCCCAAGAGUUCUUUGUCCUCAGGGACUCCGGCCACACCUGCAGCAGAGUCCUGUCCUGUCCUUUCACAUGUGACUCUCAGACCUCAGGCCUGGGCCGAGUGCUGAGGUUUUUUCGGUGAUGAAGAAUAAAGCGCCACAGAGGUUUUCAUACCAUGCAAACACCAUGAGCCGAGUGGACGCAGCAUGCCAGCCCAGAUAGCCUUGGUCUCUGAAGGACACCGCAGAGAUUUCACAAUGGUGGCCUUGUCUCGGUAGCCUUGAAAUAUUGAAAUAGGAAUGAUUGAAAAAUCCUGAAAAAAGAUGUCAGUGUUACAGAUUUGUGUGCAGUUUAAUUAGGGUGCGCUCUGUGCUCGCUGACAGUGAUAAUGAGGAGACUUCGCACCGGGCCUGAUUUCUGUUCAUGUCUUGCUUGCAGAAUCAUCACAGAACUGUUUUGUAAGGUAUCCAUAAUUUUAAAUAUCUGUAAAUUAAAUUCCUUAAUAUAUUAACAUCCAAACCCCCUUUUUCUAAGCUAGACACUGCCUUGAGAAGGACAAUGGGCAGGCCCUAGGCAGCCAUGUACAGGUUGCUGUUGUCACAGAGAACGUGGUCUUGCGGCCCUCGAGGCCUUUCGUCAGGGCUUCCUGGUGACCCUGACCUAGGAAGUGUAAGGGUCGGAGAAGUCUUGAUUGUCGUUAGCUCAUUUCUACCGACUUCAUGCGCUGCGCUGUACUCCCGUGGCCCUCCUCCCUGCUCACUGGUGCUGGCGGAGUGUCAAGGCAAGUCGAUGACGGAACCAAGACUUGGUGCUCACUAAUCUCAAGGGAAUAGUCCCAGCAGCGGCAGAGCCCUUCUUGGGCAGCAUCCGAAGGACCAGAUGCUCGGCUGAACCCCCACCAAUGCCCAGAGCUCCUAGGAAACCAUGAUGGACGGUAUGAAGAUGUGGGCCGUGUGGCCCAGUGACUGCGGAUCUGUAUGCCGAUACGCCAACUGAAUAUGCGAAGGACACCAGAGCCUCGUGACCCGUGCUGACUGCUGACUGCCGACCGCGUGUGUGGAUGCUCACUCUGUCCCGGCCUCACUUGGCUGGAUCUGAUGGAGCCAUGCUGAUUCGGAACACCAAUCGUGAGAGAUACCGAACUGUUUAGAAAGCACAGCCCUUACAGUGGUGAGGCGCUCACUCGCCUCCUCCCACCUCCCAGCCUCACACCCCGCGUGCCGAGAGCGCCUGCAGGAGGCUGGGCUAGCGUCCUGGUCCAGAGCUCAUCUGCAGCGGCCAGCUCUGCAGAUGGGGCUGUGUUUGUGCAGCUCCCGCCCUCUGCUCCAGUGCCAUCGGACUUAGCUGCAGCGACCUGCAUGCCACCCAGGUUCCCACCACUUCAAGUCCAGCCUGAGUCCUUGGCCCGCAAUGUGCUCAGGUGGCCUCUUGACCAAGCGGGUGCCUGAAUCUGGCUUUCUAGUGAGGCAGGGGUGUAUGGGGUGAGCGAGUCAGCCCUCAGGAUAUAUUUCUAUGCUGACUUCAUAGCCUGUUUAAAAAUACAUUUACAGAUUGUCUUGUUACUUUUUCCAACGAUUUCUUCAAAAAUUUUGUGUUUACAUUAAAAAGUUCUCAGAGAAGCAAA